AUGUCUUCUCCUUCUGUUGCAACUUUGGACGCUGCUCCUCAAGUCGUUGCUCCCGAUGCUGUUUCCCCGCCCGUUCCCGCUCCUGCACCCGCUCCGGCUCCCUACAACCCUCCUGCACCCGCCUCAGUUGCUUCGGUGCCCUCUGCUUCCCUCUAUGUCGGAGAGCUCGACCCCACGGUCACUGAAGCCAUGCUUUUCGAGAUUUUCAACAUGAUUGGCCCAGUUGCCAGCAUCCGUGUCUGCCGCGACGCUGUUACUCGUCGCUCCCUCGGAUAUGCCUAUGUUAACUAUCUCAACGCUGCAGAUGGUGAGCGCGCCUUGGAACAGCUCAACUACUCGUUGAUCAAAAACCGCCCAUGCCGGAUCAUGUGGUCUCAACGUGACCCCGCUCUUCGUAAGACGGGUCAGGGCAACAUCUUCAUCAAGAACCUCGACGAGGCCAUCGAUAACAAGGCUCUUCACGACACCUUCGCUGCCUUUGGUACCGUGCUCUCGUGCAAGGUCGCUACCGAUGAGACCGGACGAUCCAAGGGUUACGGAUUCGUCCACUACGAGACCGCUGAGGCAGCUGAGAACGCCAUCAAGGCCGUCAAUGGAAUGUUGUUGAACGACAAGAAGGUCUAUGUUGGACACCAUAUUUCUCGCAAGGAGCGUCAAUCCAAGUUGGAGGAAAUGAGGGCCCAGUUCACCAACCUCUAUGUCAAGAACCUCGACCCCGAAGUCACCCAAGAUGAAUUCAUCGAACUGUUCAAGAAGUAUGGCAACGUUACCUCUGCUGUCAUCUCCGUCGACGAGGAGGGCAAGAGCAAGGGUUUCGGUUUCGUCAACUUCGAAACCCACGACGAGGCCCAGAAGGCAGUCGAUGAACUCAAUGACUUCGAGCUCAAGGGCAAGAAGCUAUUCGUCUCCCGUGCGCAGAAGAAGGCCGAACGUGAAGAGGAACUUCGCAGGAGCUACGAACAGGCCAAGCUUGAGAAGCUCAGCAAGUACCAGGGUGUCAACCUCUACAUCAAGAACCUUGAGGACGAUGUCGACGACGACAAGCUCCGCGCCGAGUUCGAACCUUUCGGUACCAUCACCAGUUGCAAGGUCAUGCGCGACGAGAAGGGCCAAUCCAAAGGCUUCGGCUUUGUCUGCUUCUCCUCCCCUGAUGAGGCUACCAAGGCUGUUGCUGAAAUGAACAACAAGAUGAUUGGCACCAAGCCGCUCUACGUCUCACUUGCUCAGCGCCGUGAAGUACGGCGCCAACAGCUCGAGAGUCAGAUUGCCCAACGCAACCAGAUCAGGAUGCAACAGGCUGCUGCCGCCGGUCUUCCUGGCAGCUACGUCAACGGCCCUCUGUAUUACCCUCCUGGACCUGGUUUCCCUCCUCAGCCCCGAGGCAUGAUGGGUUACCCCCAACCUGGUAUGCUCCCCCCUCGUCCUCGCUACGGCCCCAAUGGCCAGGUUCCUGUUCCCGGCCCUUACGGCCAGGCCCCUCCUCCCCAAGGUUACGGCAUGCCUCCCUAUGGUGGACAGCGCCCUCCUCGUCCCCAGGGCGGUCCUCGUGGCGGCCCAGGUGGAUCUCCCACUCAUCCCAAUGCCCCCAUCCCUCGCUCCAAUGGCCCCCAGAACGGUGCGGGCCGACCCCCGGCUCAAGGCGGUCCUCGUGGCCCUGGUCCCGCCAAUGCUAACCGCCCUGGUGGUGCUCCUCGUAGCGGCGCUCCUGCCCCCGCUGCCGCUGCUACCCCAGCCAAGGCUCCUGCUGCCGCCCCUGCUCCUGCUUCACCCGGCCCUGCUGCUGAUGUGCCCACUGUCACUGCCGCGCAGCUGGCUGCUGCUGCUCCCAUGGAGCAAAAGCAAAUGCUCGGCGAGGCUCUCUACGUCCGCAUCUCUCCUACCCAACCCGAGCUCGCUGGCAAGAUCACCGGCAUGUUGCUCGAGAUGGACAACAACGAGCUUCUUCACCUCCUUGACAAUGCCGAGGCUUUGAACGCCAAGGUUACCGAAGCUUUGUCCGUCUUGCAAGACUUUGGCAAGGAGGAGGGUGCCCCCGCGGCCCAGUAAAUGGCUAGCUAGGCGUCUCGCGUCUUGGGUAUCUCAACCCGUCCACUCAUUUCAUUCUCGCUUGAUGCUUGCGGCCGUUGCUUUCAGGAGCACGUCUUCCCCCCUUCGUCUUCGGUUCCAUGUCUAUCUACUUGCGAUCUGUUCAUGAUCGACGUUGGCGUCGCUUCUUGACUCUUUCAAGAUAUCACGAGUAUAUGCUGUCGUAUGCGGCAAGCGCAUUGUUGUUGUAGUUUUAUGUCGGGUAUUCGUUGUCGUGUACAUUGCAUAUUGUCCAGGGAAUAAGAGGUGAUGCAAACGCCAAUUGUAC